AUGUGGCGCUGUCGGCAUCCCCUUUCACAUCUUAACGCGUCCAGAUUUGGCAACGAUGAUACGAAAUCCUGUUCCUUCGACUUUUUGCUCGGACAUUUCCUGAGAUUCGAAGAACUGUCGGCAAAAAAAAUAACCACAGUUUCGCCUCCAGCCGCUUAUACAGUAGCUGGCAGGUUGGAAGGCGCCGCAUUUGCCGCCGUGGCGCCGGCUGGCCGCCAACACCUCGUGUAUUAUGAACUAGCCCCGUGA